AUGAAUGUAAGUUGAAGAAUCACAUUUGUUCUUCUCUCGUCUUCCACCGUUUCUUAAAUGACCCGGCGAUAUAAUUGCUUUUUCUCCGCCCUGCCCUAAGACAACCCUGCUAACGCUCCCUAGAUGCUCUUCACCUGGUCUACAAAGAAUCUCUGCAUCGUCUUUCCGCAAUGGCGGGUCACCGGCACCUUGUCUCUACUAAUCUCACUUCUACUCAUCGUGCUUUUGACCGCCGGCUAUGAGGGCGUCCGUCAGCUUACAAGGCGUUUCGAGGUGGCACAUGCGAAGAGGCUCAGCGCAUACACGACCGCCGCAGUCGGAGGUAGGGAUAGCCGAAAGUCCGUCGAGCAGCGAGGAAAGAUUACCAUGGCGUCAUUGUAUGCUGUGCAGGUCUUCUAUAGCUUUUUCAUUAUGUUGCUUUUCAUGACCUAUAAUGGCUUUGUUAUGCUAGCUGUCGCCGUCGGUGCCUUUGUAGGGUAUCUGGCGUUCGGAGACGACACCUCCGCUAGCAAGACGGUUGCGUGUCACUAGGUGGCCACGCAAGCUGGGUAGCUUGGUUUCCGGGAAGCUCUCUCGAGAUAUAUUGAGGGAUGAGUGUCGCCAGGCUGCAUGAUUCAGGCAAUGGUGGCUCAGCAUAGUCGUUUUCAGACUGCUGCAAUUGUCGUUGGUUGCUGUUUCGGGUAAAAUGGACUCAAGGGACCUCAAUGUCACUGUCAUCACCACCAAAGCCAAAGCUGAACCCACCACCUUCGUUGGCAUCAGCCCCUUCCUGGUCUGCGUUUCCAUGAACAAUCUCAUCCCAUUUUCUUUUUUUGCCUUCUGUCUUCUUCCUCAGCUCCUCCUGCGCUUGCUUCAGCAGGUCUGGAUGCUGUUCUUGCAUUUUAGCCAAGAAACUGUCGUAGGGAUUCUGCACGUCUUUUCUAAAUCCAGAAACCUGAUCUGCCUUGUUAGAAAGAAAAUCGAGGGCAGCGCUCAGGUGCGCGCGGGGAAUAAAGUUUUGCGUGAUGGCAAUAGAUGGCUCAAU